AUGUUUCGAAAUUUGAAAAGUCUGGUUCACACGAGCGUGCGCCGUUUUGCUGCCAAGAUGACCUCCAUACCCGAUGUCAAGAACCUUCCCACACUCCACAGCACUCUCGAGGAAGCCAAGAGAGUGGCAGCAUAUAGGGCCGUGGAUGAAAACCUGGACUACGCGAACCACCGUGUUAUCGGCGUUGGGAGUGGGUCCACAGUGAUCUACGUUGCGGAGAGACUGGGCCAGUACCUGCUCGACCCUCAGUUCUCGAUUUACGCGUCGCAGUUCAUUUGCAUUCCCACUGGGUUCCAGUCCAAAGAGCUGAUUCUCACCAACGGCUUGAGGCUCGGCUCGGUCGAGCAGUACCCGGUGAUAGACAUCGUGUUCGAUGGUGCGGACGAAGUGGACGUCAACCUGCAGCUCAUCAAGGGUGGUGGCGGGUGCUUGUUCCAGGAAAAGCUCGUCAGCACCAGCGCCAGCAAGUUUGUCGUGGUCGCAGACUACCGGAAGCGCUCGCCCAAAUACCUAGGUACCAACUGGGUCAAGGGUGUGCCAAUCGAGGUAGUACCCACGAGUUACAUACGAGUCCUCAACGACCUCAAGACCAAGCUAAAGUGUAAAAAUGCGGUCCUGAGACAGGGUGCGCCUGCAAAGGCUGGCCCUGUCGUUACUGACAAUUGUAACUUCAUCAUAGACGCGCACUUCGGCGAGAUUGAGCACCCCGAGAAGCUGCAUCAAGACAUCAAAAUGCUGGUUGGGGUGGUGGAAACGGGCCUGUUCAUUGACAACGCGUCUAAGGCGUACUUUGGGAACCCGGACGGGUCGGUUGAAAUGCUGGUAUGA